CACAUAUUUAAGCUCUCAACAAUCGGUAUUCGUUCGUUAUUUUUGUAUCAAAAACGUAAAGAAAACGAGGCUUUGGUGUCUACUUGUAUGUCAGGACUUAUGCGGGACAGACUUGUUGUCACUGGUCAGUACGGGUUGAUUCUAAUUUGUUAACAGUUCAGCAAACCCUAAGGAUAUUGACGAACAACAUCACAUCUGGCGUGUUUGAAGAAACUUUCCAACAUGUGGACUGAGAGUAAUGAAUCAUCAUGUUUGGGAUCAGUGCCAGUUAUUAAGGGGAAGUUCGAAGCUAUGCCCAAAUCUGCCCAACGCUUUGUUGCUAAAUGGGUAGAAAUAUGUAAACCAACAGGAGUGUAUAUAUGUGAUGGCAGCAAAGAAGAACGUGAAGAACUUACAAAAAAAUUAGUUGAAUUGGGUUCUUUACAUAAACUACCACCGUAUGAAAACAACUAUAUCACAUGUACUGAUCCAAGUGAUGUUGCUCGUGUUGAAUCAAAAACUUGGAUCUGUUCAGAGCAUAAACAUGAUACUGUACCAGAUGUAGCUCCAGGAGUUAAAGGUGUUCUUGGUCAAUGGAUUUCACCUAAUGAUUUGAAUACUGAAAUUAAAGACCGUUAUCCUGGUUGUAUGGAAGGUCGUGUACUUUAUGUGAUUCCAUUCAGUAUGGGUCCAAUUGGAUCCCCAUUGAGUAAAGUUGGGAUUGAAAUAACUGAUAGUAUUUAUGUUGUACUAUGCAUGAUAAUUAUGACACGUAUGCAUCCAGAUGUAUGGAAAGUUAUUGAAUCUAGUAAGGAAUUUGUUAGAUGCGUUCAUAGUGUUGGAUGCCCUACUUCAUCUCAUCGCAAAAUCAUCAAUCAUUGGCCAUGUAAUCCAGAGAAAACUUUAAUUUCUCAUGUACCUAAGGAACGUUUAAUUAUGAGUUUUGGCAGUGGUUAUGGUGGUAAUUCAUUAUUAGGGAAAAAAUGUUUUGCAUUACGUAUUGCCGGUUGUAUUGCUCAUGAUGAAGGCUGGUUAGCUGAACAUAUGUUAAUUAUGUCUGUAACAAAUCCAAAAGGUGAAGAGAAAUUCAUAGCCGCUGCUUUUCCUAGUGCUUGUGGUAAAACAAAUAUGGCUAUGCUUGAACCAUCAUUGCCUGGUUGGAAAGUACAAUGUGUUGGAGAUGAUAUAGCAUGGAUGCGUUUUGAUGAACAUGGUGUUCUUCGGGCAAUCAAUCCAGAAGCUGGUUUCUUUGGCGUUGCUCCAGGUACAAACGCUAAAACUAAUCCAAAUGCAAUGGCUACAUGUAUGAAAAACACUGUUUUUACUAAUGUUGCUCAAACUAAAGAUGGUCAUAUCUUUUGGGAAGGACUUGAAGAUCAAUAUAGUCCUGAUACAGAAAUUAUCACAUGGCUUGGUGAUCAUGUUAAAUUAUCUGAUAAAAGUAAAGAUCCUAAAGCACAUCCAAAUUCACGAUUUUGUUGUCCUGCUAAUCAAUGUCCAAUUAUUCAUCCUAAAUGGGAAGAUCCACAAGGUGUACCAAUUUCAGCUAUAAUUUUUGGUGGUCGUCGACCUGAAGGUAUACCAUUAGUUCUACAAUCAUUUGAUUGGAAACAUGGUGUUAUGUUAGGCGCAGCAUUAAAAUCAGAAGCAACUGCGGCUGCCGAAUUCAAAGGUAAACAAGUUAUGCAUGAUCCUAUGGCUAUGCGUCCAUUUGUUGGUUAUAAUUUUGGACAUUAUUUAAAUCAUUGGCUUAGUAUGGAGAAACCAUCACAUAAAAUGCCUUUAAUAUAUCAUGUGAAUUGGUUCCGUUUAAAUAAACAAGGUAAAUUUGUAUGGCCUGGUUUUGGACAAAAUAUACGUGUUAUUGAUUGGAUACUUCGACGUGUUAAUGGUGAAGAUAUUGGUGUCAAUUCACCAAUUGGUAUUUUACCUAAAAAAGGUUCAAUCAAUUUCGAUGGUUUAAACGUUGAUUGGGAUGAGAAUUUUUCACUGCCAAAGGAUUAUCUUUUAGAGGAUGUUGAUGAAACAAUGAAAUAUUUACACGAACAAGUUGGUAAAGAUUUACCAGCUGUUAUUCAAAAUGAAUUAAACAAUCAACGUGAACGUAUUCAAUCUCAACUUUAAAUGAAUAAAUCAGAGGAAGAAGAAGAAGACGACGACGACGAUGAAAAAGAGGAAGAAGUCAAUGUCUAAUCAUUUUGUUCGACUUUAUGUGCUUUCUAAUUUUUUUGUUUCUUGUUGCUGUUGUUAUUGUUGUUAGCUAACUUCUAUUGUUGUUCGUAGACAUUAAUUAUAACUUGUUCUUUUUGUUUUUGUAUUGCUUUUAAUAUUACUACUAAUACUACUACUCACAAUAAUAUUCAUUUAUAUUGUCGUUAUUGUUUUAUGGUAGUAUUCUCAACAUUAUUGUGAUCCAACGAACCUUUUCAAUGAAAAUACAAUACAUUACAAUUUCUUUC